GUCCCACAACAAAAUUGGGCCCAAUCGAUUCAGCCGUUUUGACGGUUAUUGGAUACAAACAAACAAACAAACAAUCACUCACCAGGACAGGCAAAGUCUAUAUAUAGAAUGGGACUGCAAAUGUGAUUUCAAAUGACCAGACACUUGGUCUCUUGACAUUACAUCUACACUAUAUAGUCCCUUUAAUGAAACUUUAAAUAUGUUUAAGAAUGUUAAUUGACUAUUUUUAUAUUUUUUUAAUUUCAGAAACUAUGGCUUAAAUACCACAGUGCUGAGUGCACAAGCCUACGGGAUCUUGUUAUGUCACUCUCCCUCAAACCCUUCUUCAAUAUGCCAUGCCAGGAACAGCUAACUGUGAUAGAGCCGCGUAGAACCAGUAGUUCCCGCUCCAACUAUCAUGAGAUAGAGCCGCGUAGAGUUGGCUCAAGAACUAGUUUAACCAACCAAGCUCUUAUUUUUAAUGGGAACAUAGCUCUGACCAGACUUGUGACUACUCUAACCGAAUGGUUGGUUAUACUACAAGGUGUAGCUGAGGACCGUGAGUGUGACCGGCCCAAUGUGAAGUGUCGUUGCUGCAAGGCAGCUAAAAUACAAGAGGAACUGCGUCUACUUGCCUCUAAACUGAAUAAUGCUCAACAGAUCUGCUCAAGAGUUGGUAUGAUAGGAGAAGAUGUUAUUGACGAAAUAUCUCUCCUUGUCCAAAAUCUAGCAACAAUGCUCAGAUCUGAAGUGUCAAUACUUAUACCUACCCUGGGACGAGCUGACCCAAUGGUUGCUGAGCAGGCGAGGUGGCUGGUGCAGGAUAAUGAAACUAAGAACUGUGCCUCCGAGGCUGUAGAAGGAGUUAUUACUCUAGUUGUUCGACUUCUAGGCGUAGAAUCCUGUCUUUCAUGCAAACCAUCCCAGAGUGAUGCUGUGGGUGGUUGGGGUGAGGGAGUGAGGGUUGAGGAGGAAGGAGAUGUGGAUAUGGAUAUUUUAAACCUAGUUGCUGGAAUGUGCAGUGGAUAUCCUGAACCCCUAGUACCUGCACAAACAAACAAGGAGGAUGAAGAAAAUACUCGCGCUCUCAAGGAGAAAGGACUCCAGGUUUGGGAGAAAUCUCGUAAAAGAAAACAGCCUAGACCGGUCCGACAUCCUUCACCUUCCUCCACCAGCAAAUCAAGAAAGGUUGAACCUCUGAUAGAUUCUACCAGUAGUAGUAUUCUUCAACCUCAACCUAACGUUGUUCAUCUUCUAGAGAAGAAAAAAAAGGGUGUGAAGAAAGAUGGACUGUACAAGUUUGUUCUUUGGAGAGAAGCUCUCAGAGACGAGAAAGCUAAGAAUUCCGAUUGAUCUAAUCAGUUAAUCACUAAAUCAAUUUCUAGAGAUUUUGAUGCUCAAUUGAUCGCCCCAGCAACGCCUGGAGAUUAUUUUAAUCAGAUUUUGAACUAUUAAGAUUGAACUGAUCAAUUGAUCAUUCUAGCAAUCCCUAGAAUAUUCCUAGAGGUAGAUUAUAUAGAUUAAUCACUCCGAAUCACUGGAGACCGAUUUAAUCAAGUCAACUCUGGAGAUUGAUUUUAUUAAUUGAUCACUUCUGCGAUCUCCGGUUUGAUCGAGGAUAUCUCAAAUUCUGCAUUUGUACUCAAUAACAAUACCUCAAGCGUUUAUUUUUGUAUUUAAAACUUUUAAUUAAAAGAUCUCAGAUUAGUACAUUAAUACCUAACAGCACUGUUGAACCUCAUAAAUUCUUGCCAGAACCAUUAAAUUGGCAGCUUAAACAAUUUCAUACUUUUCAGACCAAAUGUAUAAAAAUACAUUGAUUCCUUUAAAAUCUGACUUUACCAGAUUCAAAUUGAUUGUAAUUUUAAAUUUACAUUUCCCCGUUGUAUAACUGUAACUUGUGCUAAACCAACUCAAUUGUAAAAAAGUUUCUAAUUUUAUACUUUUUCAGAUAAAUUCAAAUCUCUGA